CACCUAAUGAAAGAAAAACGUGAUUCUGACGUUUGGUUUUAAACGAAAUAUCCCUAGACAUCUGCAAUAAUUUUAAAACCCAAAAUAUAAAUUUAAGUUAAAAAUGUCGCUAAUUAGGAUAAAUCCGCUUCGGAUUUUAAAUCAGGUUCCUACCGCUAUUUUUACAAGAAAUAUUCAUGUCACUCCUGCUGCAGCCACGCUGACACCGCGUCAAGAAAAUCGAGUCCGAUGUACAUUAAUUCCAGGCGAUGGCGUGGGACCGGAGUUGGUUUAUGCCGUUCAGGAGGUUUUUAAGGCUGCAGCUGUGCCUGUGGAUUUUGAAUCGUUUUUUUUUUCUGAAGUUAACCCAACACUCAGUGCUCCGAUUGAUCAGGUUGCCAAUUCCAUUUCCAAAAAUAAGGUUUGCCUUAAAGGCAUUUUGGCCACACCUGAUUAUAGUCGAACGGGCGAGUUGCAAACUUUAAACAUGAAGCUACGGAACGAAUUAGAUUUAUAUGCUAAUGUGGUACAUGUCAAGUCGCUGCCCGGAGUCCGGUCUAGGCACACCGGUGUCGAUUGUAUUGUAAUUCGCGAGCAAACCGAAGGGGAAUACUCGGCUUUGGAGCAUGAGAGCGUUAAAGGGGUGGUGGAAUGUUUAAAAAUUGUAACCGCUACAAAAUCUGAGCGGAUAGCGAAAUUCGCAUUUGAUUAUGCUACCAAGAAUAAGCGCAAGAAAGUUACCGCAGUACACAAAGCCAAUAUUAUGAAGCUUGGUGAUGGUUUAUUUUUGAAAUGCUGUGAACAGACAUCAAAGCUCUACCCAAAGAUUGAGUUUGAGAAACUGAUUGUUGAUAAUUGUACCAUGCAAAUGGUAUCUCGACCACAGCAAUUUGAUGUGAUGGUUACCCCCAAUUUAUAUGGUAAUAUAAUAGAUAAUUUAGGGGCUGGAUUAGUUGGAGGUGCUGGUGUGGUGGCAGGCGCUUCUUACUCAGCUGACUGUGUUGUAUUUGAGCCUGGCGCAAGGCAUACAUUUGCCGAAGGUGUUGGUAAAAAUAUUGCAAAUCCAACAGCAAUGAUAUUAUGUGCCGCUAAUUUAUUAAACCACGUUAAUUUAGGAUCGUAUGGGGAAAUGAUCAAAAAUGCGGUUUCUAAAGUGUUACACGAUGGAAAAGUACGAACGAAGGAUAUAGGAGGACAAUCGAAUACUCAAGAAUUUACUUAUGCAAUUAUUUACAACCUAAAACCAGUAUCAACAUAGAAACUAUUAAUACAAAUCAAAUUAAAUUAAGUAAUAAAGGCAUAGUGGACUGUUAGGUUUUAAAACUAGUCUAUUUUACGCUUUGUAGUCAGUAUUUUAGCUAAUUAUUGCAGUGUAUUUAUUGUUAAUUUAAUUGUGAUGUGAUUGUAA